GGUAAGUAAGGAUGUUGUGUAUCUCAACACUGAUUAAUGUUGAACAUUGAAGCAAACGGUGUCAACAGAUUCAAAGGAAGUUUUGCAACCUCUGUCAUCAUCAGCUAAUGCAGUAAUGCAUUAUUUGGUUACUUUGCAAGAGCAAUAUGAUUGAUGCUGAACUUUAUUGUUCCCCGGCGCAAUGGAAAGAUGUAUUAGUAGCACCUAAAAAGGAAAGGAACCGAACCAAUUCCAAAGCGUCGUGUAGAGAUAUAAGCCACUGGGUCCUCCUCCCAUCUGUUUGCAUUUCCCAACGCCAAAGGAGAAAUGGUGAGCUGUGAAGACCAAUAUGGAGAAAAGCUUCCACUUGUCCAACCAGACCCGGUGGUGUUGGAGAUUAAUCGUUUGCAAAACCAACUAAAAGAAAAAGAAAAGGAACUAGCGACUUGUCAGGGUGAAAUCAAAGCUUUAAGGUCAACUGAAGCUCUAAAGGAUAAGGCCAUAGAAGAGUUGAGAAAUGGAGUCAGUAAACUGGACGAAAGACUUAGAAUUACAGAGGAUCAUCUUAAACAAAAGAAUCUAGAAAUCAAGAAACUGACAGAUGAAAAGAAAAAUGCAUUGGCUUCGCAAUAUGCUGCAGAAGCAACACUUAGAAGGGUACAUGCAAAUCAAAAGGAUGAAGAUUUUGUUCCAAUUGAGAGAGCCAUUGCUCCUCUUGAAGCUGAGAUCAAAAUGUAUAAGAAUGAGAUCACUGCACUUCAAGAAGAUAAGAAAGCUUUGGAACGACUCACAAAAUUGAAAGAGUCAGCAUUGCUAGAAGCAGAGAGGAUUCUGAGAAGUGCUCUAGAUAGGGCUCUAGUUGUUGAGGAGGUUCGAAAUCAGAACAUUGACUUGAAGAGACAGAUUGAGAUCUGCCAGGAGGAGAACAAACUCUUAGAGAAAAACCAUCGUCAAAAGAUUUUGGAAGUUGAAAAGCUUAGUCAAACCAUUCAAGAACUUGAGGAAGUCAUCUUAGCUAGUGGAGCUACUGCUAAUGCUGUUCGUGAUUAUCAGCAACAGAUUUCUGAAUUGCAAGAAGAGAAGAGGACAUUAGAGAGGGAGCUAGCAAGGGUAAAAGUUUCAACCAACAGAAUUGCAAAUGCCGUGGCUAAUGAGUGGAAGGACGAAAAUCAUAAGGUCAUGCCUGUCAGGCAAUGGCUGGAAGAAAGAAGGAUUAUGCAGGCAGAGAUUCAACGGUUGAAAGACAAGCAAGCUAUAUCAGAGAGAACAGCUAAGGCAGAGUCCCAAUUGAAGGAUAAACUGAAGCUGAGGCUUAAAACACUGGAGGAAGGCUUAAAGCAUUUCUCCAAUAACCCAAUCACUUCGAAUGUGUCUUAUGCAUCUCAAAAAGCAGAAAAGUCUAACAUACUAGGUUUCCUAACAACCAGUGCUGGACUGAGAAAGAGAUCCACAUCACAACCAAGGGCAUGUACGGUUGGAAGCUCAUUGUUCCAGACACCAAAUAUAAAAAACAACAGAGGAGACAUCGUAGCUGGGAAUUUGAAGCUGGGGAGCCCUACAAAAAAAUAUGGUUCUACAGAAAAUAUGUUAACGAAAGGGAUAUGGGCAUCAAGAAGUAAAGUUGCUGAUAAUGGUGAAAAGGAAAAUGAAAUGCAGGUGAACAGAGACAUGACUUUAAACAGAUGCAAUGAUGAAAGUGAAGCAACAGAAAUUAAAACCAUUGUUGAUGUGGAAGAAGACCCUCCUGAAAGCAAGAAACCAAAAGGUUCAAGCAGGGAUGAUGUGGUCUCAGGUUUUCUAUAUGAUAAGCUGCAAAAAGAGGUCAUCAAUUUGAGGAAGUCUUGUGAAAUUAAAGACAGUAGUUUACAAGCUAAAGAUGAAGAAAUUAAGAUGCUUAUAAAGAAAGUCGGUGUACUGACAAAGGCCAUGGAAGUAGAGUGGAAGAAAAUGAAAAGAGAGGCAGCUGCUAGAGAGAAGGAGGCUUCAUCAACAAAGUCAGAUGAUAACAGGAAAAACAGAAGCGCAAACUCCUCUAAAAGGUUCUUUAGCUUCACUUUCUGUAGUGCGGCUAAUAACUGUCAAUUGUCAAGUUUCUUCAGUCCGUUUUAAGACUAACGUAACAAUUUCAUAAAAAAUUACUACAGGGCGAUAUAAAUUUAUUACAUGGCGGUGAAAGAGCGCUGUGAAUUCUUUAUUUGGAGAUAGUUGAAGACAAUUUAUUUAUCAAUGGCAUCUUGUGUGAUUUUUCUUUGUAAAUACAAAACAUUUGGUGAGGUAAUAUCCUGAAAUAAAUUUCCAUUGGGGAAAGGAAGUUUGAGAAUCAGUUUCCGUACAAUCAUUAGUGUUCAACAUCUUCCUCUAUAUUUGGAUAAA